AUGAAUGUCACAAGCAUUUUGCUCGAAAAUGGCACAUUGCCAUUUUUGGACAUGAAUGAUGGUUCAUCCCCCAUCAUUACCAUGGUUUCAUCGUCCCCACCUCUCAGAAUUGUCUCGCUGGUUGUCUUUAGCUUGGGAUUUGUCCUCCUAAAGAUUCUUUCGACGAGAUCCAGCUUACUGGUUGAAGCAGACAAGCCUCAAAAGCUUCGUACUGCUGUGGCACCAAGAGCAUACCCUCAUUGGGAGCCCUUCAUUGGAAUUGAUCUCAUGGCAAUAUUUACCCGGGGCCUGCUGAGCAACAACUUCCUACCGAUGGUACUUGACCUUGUUCAGAAAUACGGAGGACCUUUCUACACUUUGGCAUACCGAUUUGUCGGGAAACCAGCUAUCGUUACCUUUGAGCCGCUUAACAUCAAGGAGCUCUUGUCGCCUAGCUUUCGAGACUAUACGCAUGGAGAAGACCGUCUUAAUGUACUGAGACCAUUGCUUGGAGAUGGCGUUUUCAACAGUAAUGGUCAGAUAUGGAGGGACUCCCGCAUGUUCAUUCGCCCUUUCCUCCACAAAAUGGAUGAUAAGCAGCUCCAGAUCUUUGAAGAGCAUUUUCAAGACCUGCUAAAUGCUCUUCCCAAGGAUGCAGCCACAGUUGAUAUCCAGCCUGCAAUGACGGAUUUCGUCAUGGACGUUGUCACGCACGCAUUUGUUGGUCAAUCUUCAGGUAUUCUUUCCAAAGAUGGGAAGUCUGAGAAUCUGAUGGAAGCAAAAACAUUUGGCAUCAGACAUACACAGGCUACGGAUGGUCUCGUGUUUGAUGACUACAACAUCUAUGACCUCAUCCCGAGGCUGUUCGGUAAAUCCGAGCGUAACAACUACGCACGCGAGGUCAAUGAGAUCUUGGCCAAGAUGAUUAAACGUUGCACCACGAAAUCGAUGUCAAAUGCAGCUACGCCAUCGCCCAUCCUGGAAGCAGCCACUCGUCUGGGCAAGGAUACCAAGCAUACCCAUUGGGACCUGAUGGGCUUGAUAACUGCUGGAAAAGACAGUACGAGCUCUGCACUUGGUAGUGUGCUGUACUGUCUAGCUCGCAACCCCGAAGUGGUCGAGAAACUCCGGGCUGAGGUCGAGUUUCUCGAUGGGAAUCCGCCUAGUGUUGAGCAACUGGCUCAGUUCAAAUACCUCCGAGACGUGAUCAACGAGACAUUACGGCUGUUUGCACCCAUUUCUGUCAACAUGAAGACGGCUGUUCGCGAUACCGUUCUCCCCGUUGGCGGCGGAAGCGAUGGCAAGUCUCCUAUUGUGGUCAAAGAAGGCGUCACGGUGGGCUACCUUGUGUACGGAGUUCACCGGCGCAAGGAUCUCUGGGGAGCAGAUGCAGCCGACUUCCGUCCCGAGAGAUGGGAGGGUCUAAAACCUGGCUGGUCCUUCAUUCCCUUUGGCGGUGGCCCUAGGAUGUGUCUCGGAUACAAGUUUGCGCUUACAUUGAUGAGCUAUUUUAUUGUGCGUUUCGUGCAGAGCAUUUCAAAGAUAGAGGCACGCGAUCCACAUCCAUGGACAGAAAAGCUUGGCUUGACACUCUUCUCCAAGCACGGUGUCAAAGUGAGUCUGCAAAGGUCGGAGAAAGAUCUCUAG